AUGUCCCGCAUAUUCCUCUCUCCUUCAAAACAUGACUGGGAAGACACUCUCGACUGCGAUACGUUUGCUCCUGAAGCAGCCUUUCCAUACUCUAUGGCAAACGUAUGUACCACCUGGAUGAACGCCAUGUUUGUCGUAUCCGAGUUUUGGACGCGAAUUAUCAUUCUAAUCGAUGAAAAGAGUCCUGCGCCACUCGCUGCAGCCCGCUUAGCACUGUCGUUGGCCCCCGCCCAAGCGCCUCUCGAUAUCCACAUCUGCCGCAAGUCUUACCACCAUGAUGAGCGUGAUUCCAGUGAAGCAGCUUGUGUCGCCGCCGUGCUGGAAGUGUUCAAACCCGAAAUAGGCCGUUGGCACAACUUGUCCGUCGAUGUUCUUCAUGGCACAUCACUCCCCUUCCCGUCCCACGACCUCACCGGGAACGCGCCUGAGCUUCUUCGCUUGCUACUAAGAUCAUCUGAUGGCAUACGAGGUCCAGUGCGCCGCACCCUAAACAAGGACACACCUCUCCUCGUUCCCUCCCUUCGAGAGCUGUGCGUCGAUGGCUACAUCUAUCAUGACGCAUAUCUUGACAUAAUGGGGACGGAACUCCUAGCCUGGCUCCGUGUGCUGCAAGUAUCGCGCUAUGCCCCCAGCCCGGACGUGCCGACGUUCUCCGUACGCGACCUCUGGGAGUCUGUGCGCGGGUGGACCGAACUCAAGAUGCGCCUCGUGGACCUCGCGCUCGACUGUGCCGACACCGGUUAUGUAGCGUUCGUCCGCUCGCUGACGUUAGAACAGAUGCCCACGGACGUCAUCGGUGCGCUGCUGCAGGACGGCGUGUACUGCCAGUGCCUGCGCCUCGGACGCUGCGCGCUGCCCCUUGGUGGGAUCAACCUUGCAUAUGCGCGCACGCUGGUGCUGGAGGACAUUGACGGCGCUGAGAACCUGCGUAGCGCAUUCGGUGCGACGUCCAAUGCGGGGUCACACGAAAUGAACGUUACCUUUCGGCGGUGUCCCAGCCUCGACGAUGCGUUCCUGGAAAUGCUGUCGGUACCGCGUGAUGGACGGUGGGUGUGCCCCAGCAUGAUCGCACUCGCUAUAUACGAUUGUCCCAACUUCUCCGAUGGGGCUCUUCGACGCAUGAUCGACUGCCGGAGAAAGGCACACAAGGAGUCUGGUUUUGCGGAUAAGUACGAUCGGUGGUUUGUUGUGCAUUCCAUUGUGGAAUUUAGUACGGACAGGGGGGUUGAACUUGGAUAUAGUGACCUCUCCGACUAG